AUGUACGCCCCCGGAGUUCCGCCUUGCCGCGCGGUGGGCCCUGCGCAACGCAGAGUGGGCUGCUCUGGCAUGCGAUGCCAGCGACCGCGGGUGCUGAACGGAGCGGGCUGCGUACGGCCUCGCUCCGUGUUCUCGGCGCAUCGCACCCCGAGCGCGCCGCAAGGGCGCCUGUGCGCGCUUCGCGCUAUCAGAAGCAGCGAGGACGAGUGGGCGGCGGGCGGGAGCCCGUAUCGGCGCAAUUCUGGCAAUGCGCGCGGCGAGGCGCGAGGUCGCCGUGAGCGUCCGCGCCUGAGCAAGUCGGCGCUCGCGAAACAGCGCAAGGGCCACUGCUACGGCUGCGGGAUCGCGCUGCAAGUGGAGGCCCCGGCCGCCCCGGGCUACGUGGAGCGCGAGAAGUACGAAACGAAGCGCCGCCACAAGCAGCUUGACCAGAUCCUGUGCACGCGCUGCGUGGCCCUAUCCCAGGGCUCCAUGGUCCCAGCAGUCAAGGAUUUCUCGACUUCCGGGCCACCCGGCGACAUGAGCUUCGCCGAGACCCCGCUCGCGACCCGCGGCGGCUCCCUCGACUCCGGCCGCACGAUCGCGCCCGAACAGCUCCGCGAGGAGCUCCGCCACGUCCGCGGCGCUUACGCGCUGACCGUCAUGGUCGUCGACCUCCUCGACGCCCAGGGGAGCUUCAUGGGCAAGGUGCGGGACCUCGUCGGGCCGAACCCGCUCCUCCUCGUCGGGACGAAGGCGGACCUCCUGCCGCGCGGCACCGACUUGCGGGAGGUCUCGGAAUGGCUCUUGGACUUGGCGGAGGCCAAGGGGCUGCAGGUCGUGGGCGUCGAGCUGGUGUCGUCCCGGACGCGAGAGGGCGUCGAGGACGCGGUGUCCGCGAUCCUGCGGGCGCGGCGGGGGCGCGACGUGUACGUGCUCGGGUCGGCGAACGUUGGGAAGAGCGCACUCGUGCGCGCGAUGUUGGUGGACCUGGCGUCGUUCCACUCGCGGAACUUCGACGCGAACGCGAUCGGGGCGACGAAGAACGUGCCGAUGGAGUCGCCGAUGCCCGGCACGACGCUGUCGCUGAUCCCGAUCCGGGCGUUCUCCUCCGGGGGGGUUUUGUUCGACUCCCCCGGGCUGCACCUGCACCACCGGCUGCCGCACAUCCUCACGCCCGAGGAGCUCAAGCUGCUGCACCCGACGCGUCGCCUGCGCGCGUUCGUCGCGGCCCCGGUCGGCUCGGUCGGGCCGGGGAUCGUGUCAUACCUGUGGGGGGGACUGCUGCGCAUCGACGUCGACGCCGGGGACUUGCGCGACACGCGGCUGGCAUUCUUCGGCCCGCGCGCGAUGAUCGCCCAGGCCAUGGAAUACCUCGAGUCCCCGGGCAACGAGGACGUCGAGGACAGGCUCGACCUGUACGGCACCGAGUCGGCGGACAAGCGCGGAGGGUUGCGUGUGGCGCGGGAGGCCACUGUGCGCGCCACGGGCUCCGAGGGGGCGCUGGCGGACCUCGCGUGCUCGGGUCUGCCUGGCUGGAUCUCGAUCUUCAGCCCCGGCGCGCGGGGCUCGAUCCGCGUGCGCAUCUGGGCGCCGCGCGGCAUAGAGGCGUACGUGCGGCCCCCGCUGCCCGUCCCCAGCCCGCUGGGCCCGUCCGCGCGUGCGAACCUCUCGCCGCAGGCGCGACUGAGGGCCGCGGAGCGCGCAGCGGCGCGGAGGCGAGAGGCUGGCGGACAGGCCCGUGUGUGA